AUGCGAGCUCCAAGGAUUCAUCCUUACUAUGAAACUGUUCGAGUAUCACCAAAUCAUAUAGAAAAUCAUUUAGGAUGUUCAUCGACAUAUUUACUUCGAACACGACGUCGUCGUUUUUUAUUUUUAAUAAGCAUACUGAUGAUUAUUUUAAUUUGUAGUCUAGUGAUUCCACUUACAAUCAUUUUAACUCGUUGCAAAAAAACACAUCAAUCAUCAACAAUAACAACAGAUAGUACUUUGAAUUCAACAACAAAUACGACAAUAUUUGAUGAUUCAACAAUAAAUAUUGAUACAUCAACGGCUAAUACUGUUACUGAUUUUUAUUUUGUAUCAAAUAACACAUUGCAAAGUGGUAUUAAUAGUAGUGUCAUCUUAAUAAACGAUACGAUCAUAGACACUAUUGGGACACAACGUACAUUUACAUUGACACUCGAUUCAACCAUUUCUAGUAAUCCAAUUAGAAGAAAGUUCAAUCACUAA